UUUAUUUAUUUUUGAUGAUAAUUAACCCUUGCUUCUCUGCCGCCACUUCGAAAGAAAACCCUCUCCCUCUCUGUGGCUCUCACUCAUACGUUUCGCUUGAAAAUAAAAAACGGGAACAAAAAAAUCUCUCUGUGUUGAAAAUUAUUGACAAAUUCUUGGAAUUCGCAGCGACAUGGGAGCCAAGGCGAAGAAAUCUCUGAAGAAGAAGCUCAAUAAACCCCCGUCUUCCUCAAAGUUGUCGGUUUCCGUUCAGAAGAACAAAGAAGCUUCCGAUUUCUUGCCGUUAGAAGGAGGACCUGGGAAAAAUCUUGUUGUGGAAAAGGCUACGGAAGAUGUUUCUAGAGUCGUAUACAUUGGUCGUAUACCACAUGGGUUCUAUGAGAAGGAAAUGGAAGGUUUCUUUCAACAAUUUGGGGCAAUCAAGAGAUUGAGAAUUGCGAGGAAUAAAAAGACAGGAAAGUCGAAGCAUUAUGGUUUCAUUGAAUUUGAGGAUCCUGGGGUGGCAAAAAUUGUAGCGGAUUCUAUGAAUAAUUAUUUGUUAUUUGAACACCUGUUGCAAGUCCAUCUUGUUCCUCCAGAGCGUAUUCAUCCCAAUCUGUGGAAAGGUUUCAAUUUCCGGUACAAGCCAUUGGAUCGGGUACAGAUUGAGAGAAAGAGACUUAAUAAGGAAAGAACUUUGGAAGAGCGCCAAAAGUUGAUUGACAAAAUCAUCAAGCGAGACUUGGCACGCCAAAAGAGGAUAGAGGCUGCCGGUAUAGAUUACGAGUGCCCCGAAAUUGUGGGUAGCAUCCAACCUGCUCCAAAGAAGAUUAGAUUUGAGUAAUAGUGUUCUUUAGGGGUAUGUGUUGUGUCUUAGUUUUCUAUUUGUACUGCGCAUUUCUGGUGAAACAUGAUUUCUAAGGUUUGGAAAUGUCUCGUCGUUUGCUAGGUUGAUUUGGAGCGAAAAAUCACGGAAAGGUUUCGGGUCAGUCUAAAGGAAAAUGCUUCUCAAUAUUCUCAUGUGAUGUUUGUAGGCUUUUGCGUUAUGAACUUCUAUUUGUGUAAUCUAGAAAUAGACUCGGAUGUAGAGAUUGCUAAUCUGAUGAGAGGGAAGAAAUUUUGUGUUUUGGCUUCAA